AACCAAAUCAGAGAGAAUUAGUUAAACUCUUGAAAAUGGGAAGGUCUCCUUGUUGUGAUGAGAGAGGUCUGAAGAAAGGGCCAUGGACUCCUGAAGAAGAUCAAAAACUCACCGAUUAUAUCAAUAAACAUGGCCAUGGCAGCUGGAGAGCCCUCCCUAAACUUGCAGGUCUUAAUAGAUGUGGAAAGAGUUGCAGAUUGCGGUGGAGUAAUUAUCUUAGGCCAGAUAUUAAAAGAGGCAAAUUCUCUCAAGAAGAGGAACAAACAAUUCUCAAUCUCCAUGCUGUCCUUGGCAACAAGUGGUCAGCAAUUGCAACUCAUCUACCCGGACGAACUGACAAUGAAAUCAAGAAUUUCUGGAACACUCAUUUGAAGAAGAAGCUAAUUCAAAUGGGAUAUGACCCAAUGACUCAUAGGCCUAGAACUGACAUCUUCAAUAGCUUGCAACAUCUUAUAGCUUUGACAAAUUUGAAGGAAUUAAUGGAAAACCCCUCAUGGGAAGAACAAGUUAUGAGACUUCAUUACUUGCAAAAUCUUCUACAACCUCACAACAAUAUGAGUACUUUAAGUGCUGUUCAAAAUAUGGAAGCUUACAAUCUUUUAAACUCUUUAAAAGAGAGCCAAUUCUUAGGCACUAAUAAUAAUCAUUUGGAAAAUCACACAGUUCAUCAAAUUCCUUCAAGUCUUGAAUAUCAAGCUAUUCAAGAUUCAAUCCCUUUCUCCCAUUUGCCGGAACUACAAACCCCUAGUUGUAGUUUCCAAAAUUCUCUAAAUAAAGAUAGGGUUCAACCUCAAAACACUGAGUUUACGGUUAUGAGCCAUGGAGAAACAUCACCGACUUCUCCAUGGCUCCCUUCUUUAUCUCCUUCUCCUCCUCCUCCUCCACCAGUAACAAAUGAUCAGAAAAGAAAAAAUUCUUCAGAAAUGGCGAUCUCAUCUUGCUUGCCAGAAGAGAUGAAGGCUGCAGACCAUUUUUUCCAGCCAGAUAGCGAGCAGUCACUCAACAACGAAGGAGCUCCACCUUCUCUCUGGCCUGAGCUUCUACUUGAAGACUCUUUUUUCCAAGAUAUUGAUAAGUUCUAAAAUAGUAAUAUAUGUCAAAUAGUCGCUUGGAGUUUCAACUUUUUCAGCCAGAUAGCGAACGAUCACUCAACAAAGAAGGAGAGCUCCACCUUCUCUUUGGUCUGACCUUCUACUUGAAGAAACAUUUUGCCCGGAUAUUGCAAAGUUCUAAAAGAGUAAUGUGUGGUAUAAAUUUCUUGGAGCUUCAUCUUUCAGUUUUUUUUUUUUUUUUCAUCUUUCUCACUUUCCUAUUUUUGGUUUUCUUAGAUAGGAUAUACAUUAUCCAAUAGUAUAGUGAGUCAAUGAAUAAACGCACAACUGAUUAAAGAAUAGUACUCCCUCAGUCUCAAUUUAUGUGACACUUUUCGCUUUCCGAGAUUUAAACUGCAUGAACUUUGACCAACAUUUUAAGAUGUAUUUUUUCACCAAAUUGAUAUGAGAAAAGUUGCAACUUAUAGUA